GAUGUGACACAGCUAAGAGUGUCAUAUAAUGUCUACAAGGCUGUGUAUUUGGUGGCCCAUGCUUUACAUGAUAUGAGUAACUGCAUUGACAGACAAGGGCCUUUUCCCAAAGGCACCUGUGCAGACCCAAAGAAUGUUAAACCUUGGCAGCUACUUCACUACAUGAAGCGUGCCAAUUUUUCUGCACUGGGGGAGAAAGUCAUCUUUGAUCAAAAUGGUGACCCCAUUGCUUAUUAUGAUCUCAUGAACUGGCAAAGGAUGCCUGAUGGGUCACUAAAUCUGGUAAAAGUAGGUUUCUAUGACGCCUCCUCGCCCCCUGGACGCAGCCUCGUCAUAAAUGACUCAGAGAUUCAGUGGCCUGUUGGGAAGCAGGCUUCCCGGUCUGUAUGCAGCAACAAUUGUCCUCCAGGUGCCCGCAUCGGCAGGAGAAAGGGGGAACCCAUCUGCUGUUUUGACUGUGUCUCCUGUGCUGAGGGAGAAGUUAGUAAUACAAAUGAUUCUUUAGAGUGCUCACGUUGCUCAGAGAACACGUGGCCCAAUGAAGACAGAGAUCUCUGCAUCCCAAAGACUAUUGAGUUCUUGUCUUACAAUGAGGUAAUGGGUAUUAUUCUGUGUGUUGUAUCUGUCCUUGGAGCUUGCAUUUCUCUUUCCAUCCUUGCUAUAUUCUUCACAUACAAAGACACACCACUGGUCCGGGCCAACAACAUGGAAUUGAGCUUCCUUCUCUUGGUGUUUCUUGCUGUCUGCUUCCUUGUUGGCCUGCUGUUCAUUGGUGAGCCUACAGACUGGCUUUGCCGUAUCAGGUACCCAGCAUUUGGAAUCAGUUUUGCCCUAUGCAUUUCGUGCCUCCUGGCCAAGACAGCUGUGGUCCUGAUGGCUUUCAGGUCCACACUGCCAGGAAGUAAUGUCAUGAAGUGGUUUGGACCCAACCAGCAGAGAGCAAGUGUACUUCUAGGAACAGCUGUUCAGGUAAUAAUCUGUGUUAUUUGGCUGCUCACCAGUCCACCUAAUGCCAACAACAACACAGAUCACAGUGCUACCAUUAUCAUUGAGUGUGUUACUGGUUCCGAGGUUGGCUUCUGGUGUGUUCUUGGAUACAUCGGCAUCUUGGCUUGCUUCUUCUUCCUAAUGGCAUUUUUGGCUCGGAAGCUGCCUGAUAAUUUCAAUGAGGCCAAGUUCAUCACCUUCAGCAUGCUGAUAUUCUUCGCAGUGUGGAUUACUUUUAUUCCAGUUUAUGUGAGCACCGCAGGAAAAUAUACAGUGGCUGUCCAUGUUUUUGCUAUUUUAGCCUCCGCUUUUGGUCUCCUGUUUUGCAUUUUUGGUCCAAAGUGCUAUGUCAUAAUUCUGAAACCGGACAAAAACAGCAAGAAAAACAUCAUUCAAAGAUGA